CCGAGGGUAUGGUUUGCAGCAGGACCUUCAAGUUUUCUCUCCGUACAUGCACCACUAGCCAGCUAUAACAAUGCAGCACUAGCCAACUAUCACAUCGUAUGCCCGUUCAAGACAAAAGCAAGUUUUGGUACAGUCAGAAGGUAAAUCAUCACUCCCAUUUUAGUGGUGUUCAAUUUACGGGAUGUCACAUAUUCUAGUCAUAAAUGAUCAAUUUUGGGAAAUCGCGAAUAAUAGCAGUUUUGAAGCGGUGGUGAAUCACCAAGUUUUCUUUCAGAAUGCAUUAUCUAGCGGAGAAAAAGUUAUGAGCCUGUUCAUAGCUCCGAAUGGAUACGCCAAUAUGCGGCCAUGUGCUGGGAUUCAUGCUCACAUACUCACCGUUGUGAACUACUAACGGUGCCCACUACACACAUAUAUACCGUCAACCAACGUUGGAGCGAAGCGUCACCAUGCUUCUCUGGAUCCCUCGCCUCAUCAUUAAAAUCCUCGGCCCGCGCCAACGUUCAUCGGGCACGGAUACCCGCGAAGUUGUAUCGCCAAAGGCCAGCCGACCCACAAAAGGCGGAUCUGCCAUGGGGACAGGAGGAACCUCAUCGCAUUAUCCCGAGCCCCAUCCCUCUACCAGCCCCACGCCAAAUGCUGCCGAAUUGGAACGAAUACGCCGCGGAUUCCGCGUUUGGGUAGUUCUUUUCAUGCUGGUCAUGCUUGGGUGUGUUGUGAAUGUGAUUAUAUUGGAUGUCAUGUGGGUGAAGAGAGGCGGAUUUGCAGCCAAGACUACCGUAAAAACCCCUUCGACCAGCGGUAAUAGUACUGGUCGCCCAGGUGGAAGUCUAGGAGGAUCCAUAAACGUUGAUUAGUUAGGACCAUGUAGCUGAGAACGGCAGGGUUGUUCGUCAGCAAAUGUUUUCAUUAUCGUAUGGAAAUAAAAGAACAUCUGUUACUUGCC